CAGCUCCAGAGCGAGGUGGAGAAGCCUCUGUUGACGUUCAGAGAGAACUUUAAGAAGGACAUGAAGAGGUUCAAUCAUCACAUCGCAGAACUACGGAAACAGCUGGUUGGACGACACUCAGCCGUGGAGAAGGCCCGUAAGGCUCUAGCGGACAGACAGAAGGACUUGGACGUGAAGACCCAGCAGCUGGAGAUCAAACUAAGCAACAAGAUGGAAGAAGACAUCAAGAAGGCUCAGCGGAAAUCCACACAAGCAGGAGACGACCUGAUGCGCUGUGUGGACCUUUACAACCAGUCGCAGUCCAAAUGGUUUGAGGAGAUGGUGACCACAAGCCUGGAGCUGGAGAGGCUGGAGGUAGAGAGGGUGGAGAUGAUACAACAGCAUCUGUGUCAGUACACCACCUUACGGCAUGAGACUGACAUGUUUAACCAGAGUACGAUGGAGCCAGUGGACCAGCUGCUACAGAGUGUGGACCCAGCUAGAGACAGAGAGCUCUGGGUUCAGGAGCAGAAGACAGGAGACAUCAGGCCUGUGGACAUUGAGAUAUAACACACCUCGUUCCCAGGGUCACACACAUGUGGAUCCACAAGCCUGGAUCUUUACGGGGCUUCAAUGUCAACUUUGAGAUAUUAUAGACAUCCUGGAUGACUCGCUCCACAGCUCCACAGACAAAAGUCUGCUCUUUAGCGAGCGAGCACCACCACCAAGCAGUGUUCAUUAUGACCUAGAGGAUUCUAUAUGGUAGACACAGUGUUCAUUAUGACCUAGAGGAUUCUAUAUGGUAGACAGACAGUGUUCAUUAUGACCUAGAGGAUUCUAUAUGGUAGACAGACAGUGUUCAUUAUGACCUAGAGGAUUCUAUAUGGUAGACAGACAGUGUUCAUUAUGACCUAGAGGAUUCUAUAUGGUAGACAGACAGUGUUCAUUAUGACCUAGAGGAUUCUAUAUGACAGACAGUGUUCAUUAUGACCUAGAGGAUUCUAUAUGGUAGACAGACAGUGUUCAUUAUGACCUAGAGGAUUCUAUAUGAUAGACAGUGUUCAUUAUGACCUAGAGGAUUCUAUAUGGUAGACAGACAGUGUUCAUUAUGACCUAGAGGAUUCUAUAUGGUAGACAGACAGUGUUCAUUAUGACCUAGAGGAUUCUAUAUGGUAGACAGACAGUGUUCAUUAUGACCUAGAGGAUUCUAUAUGGUAGACAGACAGUGUUCAUUAUG